ACUUAUUUAUGUUUUGUCCAUACAAUGGUAACUCUACCUUACCGACAGAAACAAAUCAAUAAGAAACAGUAAUACCAAUCGUGGUAGAAAAUCGAAAUAACGUAGUCUUAAACAAUUUGUAGAAGAAUGUGUUGUAGAAUAUUAAGGGACUUGUGUUUUUCCUGUUCUAUCGCAUAAUAUCAAAUUUGUAAAAGAUAUAUUGCAUGUGUAUAAUUUUAUUAUAACUUAAGUAUUAUUUUAAAAAUACAACAAAAUGUCUUAUAUGUUAUCACAUCUUCAUAAUGGAUGGCAAGUUGAUCAAGCCAUUUUAUCAGAAGAAGAUCGAGUAGUUGUUAUAAGGUUUGGUCAUGAUUGGGAUCCAACAUGCAUGAAAAUGGAUGAAGUUCUUUAUAACAUCGCAGAGAAAGUUAAAAAUUUUGCGGUAAUUUAUUUAGUAGAUAUCACAGAAGUUCCUGAUUUCAACAAAAUGUAUGAGUUAUAUGAUCCUUGCACUGUUAUGUUUUUCUUUAGAAAUAAACAUAUAAUGAUUGAUCUAGGUACAGGAAAUAAUAACAAAAUUAAUUGGACACUUGAAGAUAAACAAGAAAUGAUAGAUAUUAUUGAAACAGUUUAUAGAGGUGCGAGGAAAGGACGUGGUUUGGUUGUUUCACCAAAAGAUUAUUCUACAAAAUAUCGAUAUUAAUUUAUCUAAUAAAUUUAUUUAUUUUAAAUGCAGAAAGUAUUAUUUUACAUUAAAAUGUUAAACUAAUUAAGUGUACUACACAGUACUGUUUGUAUAUAAAUAAUUUUCAUAAUGGUAAAUAUAUAUAAAUGAUAAAAAAGUUACAUAUAGAGAA